AUGGGGAUUCCUGAGUUGUGGGAUGUCUUGAGGCCGGGCUUUGACAAGAGAAUAUCUCUUGAAGAGUUAGUUGAUCAAUAUAUCAAAAAACUUGGUCGGCCGCCAAGAGUAGCCAUUGAUGCAUACAUGUUCAUAUUUCAUUCUGAUCAUAGCUCUAUUUCCACUGAUGAUAAAACAAGAGUUUUAAUCCAAAAUUUCAUGUCAAAAAUUCUUGCUUUAAUUGGAUUAAAUAUUUCAGUGAUUGUAGUAUUUGAUGGGGUAUCAAAACCAGAUAAAACUCGUACAGGGAAGGCGUUGGAUUAUGAGGAAGAAUUGGAAAAGUUUCAGCACAUGGUAUACUUUUCGGAACCAAAUGAAUUUGUUGAACAGCUAAAAGAUAGUUUGAAAGUUAACAAGAUUGAAUAUUUACAAGCGGCUGGGGAAGCAGAGGCACAAUGUGCAUACAUACAAAAGUUGGGGAUUGUAGACUUUGUUAUAACUAACGAUGUUGAUAGUCUAAUCUUUGGUGCUACUCAGGUUUUGAGAAAUUACAGUCGGUUUGUUGAAGACAUCGGUCACUCUCCAAGUAAAAAACUGGCCACUUUGAAACAGAGAUACUAUGUCACUCCAGUAAACAUGAAGAGGAUUGAAGAAAUAACAGGGUUAAAUAGAGCCAGAUUGGUAUUUUUGGCUUCGUUGAGAGGGGGUGAUUACUCAUCAGGUGUGAAAAGGAUGGGCAUAACAAAUGCUAAAAACUUGGCGCUAAGUGGUACGUUAUUUGGAAAGUUUUACAAUCGAUCAUUAACCAAACAGGAAUUGAAAGAGGCAAAGAGUGUGGACCUGGUACCUACAGAACCGCCUCCAGACUUUGCAGAAGAGUUAGAAGUCUGCUUUGUGAAAAAAGAUGUUAUAUCGAUACAUCCUUGGAACGCUAGGAAAGAUAAACAAACAAGAGAACUUUUAUUUUCUAGAUUAUUGAAAAGUCUCAACGAGUCAUUGCAUAUUUCCAACAGAGACAUAUUCGGACGAGGUGUUACAAUCACUGAGAAAUUUGUAUUUGAUGAAUAUUAUGUGCUCUUGUAUUUCUUCCCAUUCGUGCAGACAAAUUUGCCUGUGUUUUUACCUUGGACGUUAAGCUCAGGAGAGCUAGAAAUAAACUUUCAAAUAUUGUUGGGAACCACAUAUAAGGAGGAACUUUCUCGCCUGAGCGAAGUUGUGAAUGUAGAAUUUGAUGAGGACACACCCUUGAUAGUGCUGAGUACUGACCACCUUUUUAUACCCAAAACAUACAGUUGGCAAAUCAAGUACAUUAUAUUCAAAUUGGCGUCACAUACCAGUUUGGUAAAAAUUACCAAUGAAAAAAUAGAGGAUGGCAUCGAAAAGGUCAUGUUCAAGUACGAUGAGCGUGAAGUCCGCAACAUUUACCCAAUGUCAGUUGAAGCCAGACGAGCCAUUGGAUCACCCGAAAAGCUCAAGAUGGAUGAUGAUACAAUUAAUUACAUUUGGAUUCCUACAUCCUUGGCAAAAAUGUAUUGUCCUCAAUUACUUGAUGAAUAUGAACAAAGAAAGAAAGAAAAAUUACACAGUAAGAAAAGCAAAAUAUCACCGCAAAGGACAACUUUGGACAUGUUGGAACACUCUCCAACAAAGAGGUUCCGCAACGGAUUCGAUUUGUCUCAACCUAUUCCUUUUGAAAUGAAACCAUCAAUUUCUCCACCCAAACGUCUGCCAUCAAAGGGCAAAGUAAAGAAACCGUCACCAAAAAAGCCACCAACUGAGAUUGAUUGUCAAAGAAAACUAGACUACUUUUUCCAAGCAAAGAAAGAUAUUGGCAACAAUCCGUUUCUUGAUAGUAGAUGGUCGACAGAAUGA